AUGGCAGGGCUGAGCUUUCACCUCCUUCUGCCUGUCCCGCAUCUCUUCUUGCUCUCCCCACAGAUGAACCCCGAGUCCCUGCAAGGGGGAAAUCUCAGCAGCCCCACCUCAUUUCUUCUCUUGGGGUUUUCCACCGCCUACAAAACACAAGUGCUCCUCUGCAUGGGCUUCUCGCUCAUUUACCUGGUGACUGUGCUGGGGAACCUGCUCGUGAUGACCCUGGUCUGGCUGGACGCUCACCUGCAGUCCCCCAUGUACUACUUCCUGGGCCACCUCUCCUUCCUGGACGUCUGCUACUCCUCUGUCACACUGCCUAAGAUCCUCAGAGACUCCUUCUCACCACAGAAGACCAUUUCCCUGGUGGGCUGCAUCACACAGAUCUACUUCUUCCUUUGCUUUGGGGGCUGUGAGUGUGUGCUCCUGGCUGCCAUGGCCUACGAUAGGUACCUGGCCAUCUGCCACCCCCUGCACUACACAGCACUCAUGAGCAAGAAGAUCUGCCGCUGCCUGGUGGCUGUCUCGUGGUUGAGUGGCUCCCUCUCAUCUCUGAUCCAGGCCCUCCUCACAGCCCACUUACACUUCUGUGGGUCCAACGUGAUCAACCAUUUCUUUUGUGAGAUCCCCUUCUUGCUGGAGGUGUCCUGCAGCCCUAAUGCUCUUCUCAACAAGGCUGUCUCAUAUGCUUUGGCUGCGACUAUUGCCAUGGGCUCUUUCCUCCUUACUCUCGCAUCAUACGUUCCCAUCCUCCAGGCCGUGCUGCACAAGGGAGCAGGGAGGCAGAAGGCCUUUGCCACCUGCACCUCCCACCUGACUGUGGUGUCCCUGUUCUUUGGGGCUGGGGCUGUUACAUACCUGGUGCCUCAAUCCAGCAGCUCCGAGGAGAUGGACAAGGUCCUCGCCCUGAUGUACGCCAUUGUAACCCCCAUGCUGAACCCCAUCAUCUACAGCUUAAGGAACAGCGAGUUCCAGGGGGCCAUCAGGAAAGCCCUGUGCAGGGGUAUCACUGACAUCCCCCAUGGGCAGAGCAGCCUCUGUCCUCACCACGCUGCAGGUGACCCAACGUGA